UUUGUCUUGUGCGAGUUAGCCUAGUCAUCAUAAAAACUCGGUACCUAUUGGAAGGGCGAACAAAAAAAAAUAUUUUUUUAUUUUUUAUUUUAGCAGUGAUUUUUUAAUAGUGUUUUUAUAAAGAAAAAUUACAAAGGCAAAAACGAAAAAAAAAAAUAUUAAAUUUCUUUUAAUAUCUUAUAAGUGCAAGGAAAAAAAAUUUAUUAAACUUCAAAAUUUAUUUUUGUUUUUUUUUAUAAUUAAAAAUUAAAAUUUUGUGUGAUUUAAAAAUUAAAAUUGUUGAAUUGAAAAUUUAUUUAAGAGUUUUGAAAAGUGGUGUAUCAAGAAAAGAACAAAUAAAAAAAAAUUUUCAAGAAUUUUUUUUUUAUGUACAAUUUAAAUAAUCGGAAGUGUUAAGGAGACAAAGGUUCAGUAUUAUCACGAAUUCACCUGUUUUAAUAUUAUAAAUAUGACGAUUCCGAAGCUGUUAUUUAUUGUAAUUUUUUCAACUACAAUAUGCCAUCAAAUCAUGGCAUAUAUACCAAUGACAGCAAAAGAUCAUUAUUUAUCUGAUAUGUUAAUACGGCAAAUUGUUGAUCGUAUGGGAAAAGAUUUACUUGAUUCCGAUGAAAUGUAUGUUGAUCAAUUGAGUAGUACUGGUCAAUUACCACCAUCAUCAAAUUUAGCUUUAAUGUCAAGAGCAUCAAAAGAUCAAUUAGAAAAUGAACAAUUAGAUUAUGAUGCAUUAUUGGAAUCAGCUGUUGGUAAUCCAAAUCCAUCAUUACGUGAUCAAGAAUAUUUACAACAUAGUUCAUUAUGGGGUCAUCAAUAUGUUUCUGGUGGAGCUGGUGAAGGUCCACAUCGUUUAAAACCACAAAUAAAAACUGAUGCAAGUUUACCAGCAUAUUGUAAUCCACCAAAUCCAUGUCCAUAUGGUUAUACAGAAGAACAGGGUUGUAUGACCGAUUUUGAAAAUACAGCAGCAUUCAGCCGUGAUUAUCAAGCAGCUCAAGAAUGUAUGUGUGAUGCUGAACAUAUGUUCGAUUGUCCAAAUAAUGAUCAAAAUGAUGAAAAUCGUCAAAUGGCAUCAGAUUUAGAAAGUUUUCUUGUACGACAAUUUCAUGCAGCUGGUGGAACAGAACAUAAAAAUUUAGUUGCAAAAAAAUUUCAUCCAUCAAAAUAUAGCAGCUCAAAUAAAAUACAAUUUCGUUCAUUGGAUGAUGAUGAAUCAUCUCUUGCAGAAAAUCCAUUUCUACAAGGUGAAAAAUUACCGAUUGCUGCCAAGAAAGGAAUCAAUAUUUAUUAAAAAUUUUUAUUUAAAGGGAGAGAUUCACCUCUAUAUUUUUUUGUUCUUAUUUUAUUUUUACGAAAUUUUAUUUUAUUUUUUUUUUCCUCCAGAAAAAUAUUAAAUCAGAUAAAACAAAAAUUCUAUGUUAUUUAGAUUAUUUUUAAAGGAAUGAAUAUUUAACACCAGCUUAAAAGUGAUAGUAGUGAUUUUAGAAAUGAAAGUCAUUUAUAAAAUAUUUAAUAUUUUCUGUUAAAUUUUUGUAUAUUAAAAAUUGAAAAAAAAUGAUUGUGCGAGGGGAAAAUUUUCACUUAAAGUUGAAAAAAAAACAACUUGUUCAAAUUUCUCUAUAAUUCACAAUCAUUUUUUUAAUAAUUCAAAAUUAGCAU